GCUGCCGGGGGCGGACGGGCAGUUGGGGCGCGCGGACAAUCGCUUCGUCACCUUCGACAACCCUUUGGGCAUAGAUCCCGACGAUCCGGCGGGGCAGGACGAUUACAUGAUCGUCGGCGGGGAACUGGUUCUGCCCACCGACCGGCCGAUUCAUUUCGCGCUUCGCUCGGUCGAUGUGCUGCACAAUUUCUACGUGCCGGAAAUCAGGGCCAAAAUGGACAUGAUUCCGGGGUCGGUGACUUAUUUCUGGGCCACGCUCACCGAGCCGGGAACCUACCAGAUCCUGUGCGCCGAGCUUUGUGGCACCGGGCAUUCAUACAUGCGCGGCGGGCUCCGCAUCGUGGGUCAGGACGAAUAUGACGAGUGGUUGGCGGGGCAAAUGACGAGGCGGCAAAUGGCCAAUAUCCCCCAUGAUGCGAGCGCGUCGGCACCGCCGGCCGAACUCGGGGAAAUGGAACUCUACCAUCCCAGGAGCUGGUGGACGAAAUACGUCUUCUCCCAGGACGCCAAGGUGAUUGCCGUGCAAUACGCCGUCACCGCGUUCGGGAUCGGGUUCGUCGCGCUUGUGCUUUCAUGGCUGAUCCGGCUGCAGCUGGGCUUUCCCGGCACGUUCACCUUCAUCACCCCGGAGGUCUAUUACCAGUUCAUCACCAUGCACGGGAUGAUCAUGGUGGUCUAUCUGCUGACGGCGCUGUUUCUGGGCGGGUUCGGCAAUUAUCUCAUCCCCCUGAUGGUCGGGGCACGCGAUAUGGUGUUCCCCUAUGCCAAUAUGCUGAGCUACUGGAUCUACCUGCUUGCCGUGCUGGUGCUGGUUGUAAGCUUUUUCGUGCCCGGCGGGCCGACCGGGGCGGGCUGGACGCUCUAUCCGCCACAAGCCAUCAUGUCCAACACGCCCGGACAACAGGGCGGCAUCGUGCUGAUGCUGAUCUCGCUGGCGCUUUUCAUCAUCGGGUUCACCAUGG